AUGGCGCCGUAUAAAGCACUUUAUGGAAGGAAGUGUAGAUCUCCGCUCUACUGGAAUGAAGUUGGCGAACGAAGGGCACUUGGACUCGAUGCAGUCGAAGAGAUGGUCGAAAUCGUUCGACAAAUCCGUGCGCGAAUGAAGGAAGCCCAGGACAGACAAAGGUCGUACGCCGACGUCCGGCGGACGGACUUACAAUUCCAAGACGGUGAUAAAGUUUUCCUCAAGGUAUCCCCGUCGAAAGGGAUAACGCGUUUUGGGGUUAAAGGAAAAGCUGAAACCGUGUUUUAUCGGACCUUGCGAAAAUACGUGUUCGAUCCGAAGCAUGUGAUUCGCUACGAGGAAGUUGCCGUAAACACGAAUCUGAGCUACGAGGAGCAACCCCAGAUGAUCUUGGAUCGAAAGGUUCAAACCUCGAGAAACAAAUCUACUGCCUUCGUGAAAAUACAAUGGAGAAACUACGGGUCCGAAGAAGCCACGUGGGAGCUUGAGGACAAGAUGAUGGAACUAUACCCAGAACUCUUUCCAUAA